UCUCACGGAAAACAUGACCACAGAUUUAAUCUGGGGUAGGAGAUGAGCUCCUCGUGAAUAGCGCGGGUUCAUUCGAAUUUAUUCACGAUAGAGAACACGCCAGUUCGUAUUAUUUUUAUUUUUUUUCGAAAACACUUUCCAACGUUGAUAGUAUUUUCGGUCACUCCCCAGCAAACGGACUCGCUCAACAGGAAAGCUUUUUAGUUCAUUUCUAUUUUACUUCGAUUCUUGGAUAAUAUCAACAAUGUCACUGUUCGCAUGCUGCGUUCGUCGGGUGCUCAGCGGAUCGUCGGUGGUCGAGCAGCGGCUGAGCCGCAAAUUAGCCGGUUAAUUCGCCUCGGAGGUCGCGCUCCGAAUUGUCCGGAAUGCAAAAAAAAAUGAAACUUGUAUUUGACUCAUCGCAAAAUUCGCACUUUCAACCUGUUUUUUCGUCCAAACGACGUUUUUGGAGAUAAAACCGAAGGGAAAUGUUUUUUGCGCGGCCGGUCGACGGCGACCCCAGGGGCAGCAAAUCCACGAGUCACGAUCGCAAGGCUUCACGAUGGAGCCGCCGGAAAUUUCGUGGGAAAAUACGCUCGGAGCGCCCGGAGGCGUCCCCUUCGACGACGACACCAGAGACCUGCUGAAGGAAUGCUUGGACCUGAGGAUACCCCAGCCGAGCACCCUCCCACAACUGAUAGAGCGGAGCGAAGCUUUCCCCUUGGCGUUUCCGGUGAACUCGAGCCGCUGCGCGGUCCUCAGGGACCGGGGAAUUCCCCACGAAACUCUCGAGUUCAACGCCAACUCGACGUACCCGCUGAUCCACGAGGCCAUGCUGCCCCUCAUCGCAGCCUGGUUGAAGUACAAACGCCGCUACGGAAGCACCGUCGAAAAAGCGCUUUACGCCAAAAUGGGCCUCGUCCGAUUCGUUCAGAGACUCCUGGAGAAAAGGGCCGUCCAAUUUUACGGCGCUGACGAUCGGUACAAACUCUUGAGCGGCGCCACCGGGAGCGACGGAUGGGAGAACGUCGGGACCGACGACGAACGGGAGCCUUUGAUUCUCGCCAACUGUUUGUCGUACGACGAGAUCAAACUGUCGGCGAUGAUGCUCGUUUCCUCUCACUCCGAAUUCAUAAACGACGGGUCCCGAGAAAAUCGAGGAAUCCCGACGAACGACCCCUCGUCGGUUCAACCUCGGGGCGUGAUAAUGGGCGUCGUGGGCACGAGAUUCGAGCGAGCUCGGCUGAUGGAGUGCCAAGACAUUCUCCUCACUCCGCUCCAAAACAACAUGGACAACGGAUAUGGGCCGGGGCUCGACGACGCGGGCGGCUCGUCCGGAGAGCGAUCGAGUUCUGGGUCCUCCGACGAGACCAAGCGAGGGUUACGAGUAAUCUGGUCGCAUUUUUAUGGGGAAAACUAUCAUCCGCUGUACGAGGAGGCGGUGAGGAGAGUAAGGUCGAAGGACAAUCGGCGGUAUCUCGCUCUGACCAGCCAGACGAUAUUCGACAUCGAGAAUUACAUGAAACGAACUCUCCUCUCGGUGGAAAUAAUACUUUUGGAGGCGAAUACGCGAGCCGAGAAACAAAACACCACAGCUUUUUUGCACGUCGUAGGAUUUGGAUUAGGCGUCUGGAAAAUCAUCCACGAUCAGGAAAUGUACUUUUUCAAGACUUUCGAAAUAGCUCUGAAGAAAAUGAAUCGAAAGCUGCGAUACGUAUCGGACAUCAUGUUCGCUUAUUUUCGGCAGGACAAGUGCGGCGGAGCUGGCAAUGGCGAUUACCUCGGAGAUAUAAAAAUCCACUUCGCCCUCCGAGAGCCUCACAGUCGACUGACGCGAGGCGGGGACUCGGACAAGUUGUUGGUCGUCACUUACGCGUGGGACGGCAACGCGUAUCCGGGGAACGAGUACUGGAGCGGUUAUUUGACAGCGAGUGGAGAUCCGGCAGCUGCUUGCAGUACCCAAAUCCCGGAGCUCCAUAACCCCUUGAUAAAUUGGCGGAACUGCGGAGAAAAUUUGCACGUUGCUUCGCCCGAGCACGGUCUCGUCCACAUAGCAGAUUUCGCGAAGUUGCAUCUGCUCGCUUAGGAACGGCGUGCCCCGUUGCUGGGGGGCGUUUCUCAGCGAAGAGCGUCGCGUUUGAGCGCAGCGCGUUGUCAGCGGAGCAGAAGCGCGGACAUAGAUCGUUUGAAAAAGUACACGGAGCGGAGGAUCGAGGAGAGGAGAAACACGGAGGGUUGUUCGUCCGGUUUGGGAGGAGUCGAGAUCGGAGGAUUGAGCUUUUUCGGGGGGUGGUCGAAGAAGUUUCGAGAGUUGGAUGGAGCCCGACGUCGCGCGGAGUCUGAGGAGCGCGCCUGCGAGGCCGCUUCCCCGGUGGCCCGAAGUCGGUGGCAUUCUUUGCGGAGAUUCGUCUCGAGCCGAGAAGAGCGAACUUUCGGAAUUGGGAGGUUGAUAUCGGGAGGAGAGAAGGAGGAAAGCAGGGCGGCAACGAGCGAGCGCGCUGCGCAGUCUUUGAGCCAACGAAUGAAAGAGCUUUACGACAUAAAAACGAGCGACGUCGAGUAUUUCGAGGAGUGUAAGCGUCGCUGCAAAAAGUUGCCGCAGCAGAAGAGCCUCGCCGAGGCGAACAACCGGCAGCUCCUCAACGGGGAGCGCGUCAACAAUAACAACAACAACAACAACAACAACAAAAAACUCACUCGAUCCCCCCCCGCCAAGCCGGAUUUGUUCCUGCUCGAGUAUUCCCGCUCGCCGAGACUCAACAAAAUCGGCCCCAGGUCCGGAAUGUCCCGGGGCGUCCGCUCCCACGAGGAACAAUCUGCGAGCGCUCGAGCCAACCCGCUCGUCCGGCAGCGACGAACUUGCUCCGACGAUUACGAUUCCCUCGCCCACAGGAAGUGGGACGACGAGGAAGACGACAGCGCCGACGAGAAAGACACCGUUUUCUCGAGCGCCGGGACGAACCUCGAGAAAAAACAACCUCGAAGCCCCCAGCGCAUCGUCGAGCACGCCGAAGAACCCACGAGUCUGGACGUCACCCUGAACGCUGACCUCAACAACGAGCCCGUCACCCCGGAGUCGCCCGAUUCCCUCGUCCCCGAGGAAUCUAACAACGGCGAACGGAUGAAACGUAACAGCACGAGAUACAAAGUUUACUUGACUUGAUAUACCGACGCAGCUUCGGCAGACUCUCGUCCUCGUUGAUCCGGAAGUCCAAGAUUCCUCAAAUUUUCGUCGUCUCUCAAACUUUUUCCACGAGAAAACGUUCGCCUUCCUUCAAAUUCAUUUAUAAAGCGGCUCCCUUCGGAAGAGCCUCACUUUGGGCGAAACUGCAUCGCGAAGAUCGUCCGCUGAAUGAGAGAAGAAAAAGUCAUCGAAAAAUCGAGCUCCCGGAAGAAAGCGAUUCCCUCCGAUCCGACGUGAGACUUUGCUCACAAUAAAAUCGUGCUCCCGGCACCAAAAUCCGGGGGAAAAUAAAUAAUCCGCGUGUCCAUAGGAUGGGAAUUCGAUUCGCCGCGGGAAGGAACGAGCUUCGCAGCCUGCAUUUGACCACUUUCAUUUAUGUAUACGUAGAUAAUAAAUACUGCUGGUAUACAUAUAUGUAACAAAGAGAGACAGACAGGGUAUAAAAUAAAAGUAUAAUUACACGGC